CGGCUCCUUGUGAAAUUCUAAUCGUUGUGACAUAAUGAACGUCACUUGGGCUCUUCAUUUUUUAAAGUUUUUUUGUUUUUGUCUGGCUUGUGAGCGUCUGUCCUCUGACGAGCAAACCUGUCUCACCUGUUCUCCUCCUGUCGCUCGACCCCUCCCUCUCUGCACCGUGUGACCAUUCCCCUCCUCGCUGUUGACUCGUCACGACUCGCCUCGGUGAAACCUGCCCAAUGUUAAUGUUUGACAAGGAGGACGACUGGCUCUACGGUCUGAGAUAACGCAAGCGCUCUCUUUCAGUUCUCCUUCUCCUCGAGGGUUGCUUUUGUGCUUUUGAGAAGGAACGACACACUCAAAGCCGAGGGAGAAACACAGAACUAAAGAACAUGGAGGUUCUGGUGCUGGUGGACUUCGAGGGCGACGCAGGAGACGAGCUCACAGUGAGGAUGGGGGACGUGGUGGCGAACGUCACCAAGGCCUCCGAGGACGGGUGGCUGGAGGGGGAGCUGAGGGGAAAGAGAGGCAUCUUCCCCGCUAACUUCACCAAGGAGGUGCCGGUCUAUUUGAUCGGGAGCGGCGAGAGGGAACCCCGCAGCAUCAGACAAACAAAGAAGAUGAAGCACAAGAGGAUGUGCGAGGUGGCGUUUUCCUACGAGCCCGUGAACCAAGACGAGCUGCAGCUGGUUGUGGGGGAGACGAUAGAGAUCGUCAAAGAGAUCGAGGACGGCUGGUGGAUGGGGGUGAAAAACGGCAAAGUUGGGGCAUUUCCCUCCAACUUUGUCAAAGAAAUUUUCGUGACCCCUAAAGACGGAAAGUACAGCGAGGGCAAGACGAGGCCCAAGCUCUCCAACGCGGUGUUCAGCAAGGAGAUAUCUCAGAGGACCAGUGUGAGGAGCAAAAUUAAAAACGUGGUGGAGUGUUGCCAAGUCAUGUUCAACUACGAGGCCAAAACGGAUGACGAGUUGUCGCUGAAAAAGGGAGACCUCGUUGUCGUGCUGAGAAAGGAAACCGAAGAUGAAGGCUGGUGGGAAGGAGAGCUGAACGGACGCUGCGGCUUCUUUCCCGAUAACUUCGUCAUGUUGAUACCGCCGAUGAACAGUCUGCAAUCCGGGACCCUGAACCAACCGCCUGCUCGCAACCACUCCACCAAAGUCCCAGAGACGACCGAGGGCUCAGCGAUGGAAAAAGUUGGACCUGCAAAGAUAAAAGAUGAUAAACAGGUUAAGGACCUGCGAAGUAAUCCUCCCAACAAAAUCAAGCUGCCGUCCUUCAACAAGCCGAGCCCGCCUCCAGUCAAAGACAAACCCGCCAAGGCUUCUUCCAACAGCACCAACGGGGAUGCGGCUUCUGUCUCGCCGGAAGAGAAGGACGACGGCGGCGACCGGUUUGACGGCGUGGACGUGCAGACGGAGAAGCUCUGCCAUCCCACAGCCAACCGAGCCAAACCCCCCCACAGGAGACCGCCAUCGGGCCUGGUCACCGGUGCAGAGGGUGCGGCGCCGGAGCUACCACCCAAGAUGACGCCGCCGCUGACGACGACGACGCCGACGCUGCCGGCUCGACCGCCGCCACCCAGAGUCCCUGUGGCGUCCAAAGGUGUGACCUUCAGAGAAGAUGUAACCGUGGAAAGCCUGCAGGCCGAGAUCAGGGAGCUGAAGAUGUCCCUGGAGCUGCUGCAGAGACAACACGACCGAGACAUGCAGGAAGUGAGAGAAGAGCUGCGCGAAGAGGGGAACAAACGAGUGGCCUUGCAGGAAGAAGUGCACAACAUGAGGAAGGAAUAAUGGCAGUCGCAGCCUGUGUUGGGGGGUUGUGUGCAGUCGGGAUGGAGAAGAUGAGCGAAGCCUGAAGUACGAGGUGCAGUUGGACACAGGACGGUCCUCACCCUGCACUCUGAAACUUAAUAAUCAAAGACUUUUAAAUGAUGGUCUGGUUGGCUCUUUUUACAUAUUCAAAUGCUGGAAAUGACAAAUGUCGGUUCUUAUGAGAUUUUGUCUGGGUUGUAAAUUUAUAUUUUGCAUUUUCACUUUUAUGGUCACUGGGGGUUUUAACACAUGCCUCUGCAGCGGUCCAUAGGAUGAAAUGUCGUGUUGCAAAGACCUAAAAUGAUGUUUUAAGUCAUCUAAAAGGGCUUUGAUUCUUGAAUGUCAUUAAUACCUUCACUGUGAAACAAAUGGUUUGACAUGGAGCUGAUCCAGCAGAAUGUAACUCUGCAUUAAUCCAGUGGGGGGUGCCGUGACUAUUCUACAUAAAGAGCUGGGUUCAACUUUGCAGUGAAUGCUGAAAGUGACCAUACUCAAAACACAUUUAAUUUAAAAGUAGAAAUGUUUUAAGACGUAAGCAAAUCACUGAUGUUAAUGGUGGAGGUCUUUUCUUUUUUUUUUUUUUUAAACACUUCAGGAGUCAAAGGGGGUGUGUGUGUGUGACCAGCUGCAUUUAUUGCAGUCGAGUAGAAAAUUCACUCUGCAACCCUUGAACUCGGAUCAAUGCAAAGGUGGGAAGAGAAUUGAGAGACAUAAUUCUCACCCACCGUGGGGGGGGGGGGGGGGAGAUAUUUAACUCGAAUGAGUCAGAAGUAUAGAUUUGGUGGAGGAGAGGCACAUCUGGAUCACAGCUGUAACUCAUCGGGUCCGGGUGCUUCUAAAACUUCCCUGGGAACCAACUAUUUUUGAAAUCUGUGUUGAGUAACGGUCAUUAAGGGCACAUUCCCGCUUAGACGGGGGGUGAAAUAGAUUAAACCAGACAAAAGGUCAUUUGGUAUCGCAGAGUUUUUGCAAGUUGUGGGGAAAAAAAAUGCCUGGACCUGGAAAAACCAGUGAAGAAUUUAUCCAACGAGGGACCUCUAACUUAUUGAAUCAGUCAGUGAUGAUGGAUGCUGCUUAUUCAAGGGGCUUAUAUAUUAUAGUACACCGUUUACUUACAUUUUACAGCAGUGUGAUAUAUUUGGAAUGAAAGACUAUUAAGCUGGGACUGUUUGGAGAAGUGAAAACAGAGCGUUGAUAACUGGGGCAUUUUGGAGCUCAGAGGUCAAAUACAAAAAGAAGUAGAGAAAGAGGCGCUGCGCUGAUGGAGAACACAUCGCCUCUGUCAAAGAAAGCAGCUGGAAGAUGAAGGGUUUGUUUUUCUUGACCUCACGGAACGCGCCGAUAAAUCUGCAGCAUAUUAAAGAAAAACAUGUUUAAGGGGAAUUCUAACCCCACAGCGUGUGCAGUUUUAUAUUCAAGUUUAAAUUAGGCCUUGAUAAUCAACUGUGAUGAAUUAAAGCAGUGGACAAAUGUGAUAAAUCUAUCUACAGCUGGUGUUUUUUGUAAAGCCUGGUUUCUCUGCCACAAAAGAACGUCUGAGCCUUUUCGCAGAGACGUUUCCCACCAUGUGGUGCGGUUCAGAAGCAUGACCCUGUGGCGCUGGAGUUCCCUCAAGCUGAUGAUGCUCACUUCCUUUUUACUGAUGUAUUGUUUCAUAACUGUAUAAUUGCAACGAGCCGAAGACAUGUUGCCUGUGAUCCUUAAUCGCGUCCCGUCAAAUGAAAAAGAGGGUUCAAAAUACGGAACCGUGGGUCUGUGCCUCCAAACAAAACAUCUCAAACCAACCACACGCUGCAGCAGAUAUCCGGAAGAUUCCGUUUAAGUGAGAAAAAAAAAGACUCCAAGUCAGGAAGUGGGGAAAGUCCAUGAAAAAAAAUACAUUUAUUAUCUAGGAUCACUAAAUAUCUGAAUUCCAUCCGAUUGGACUUGGUUGCCAGGGGGAUCUCCCGGUUGCCAGGGCGAUGUCUGCCCCUUUUGGGGGCCGUGCGUGUCUGU